AUGUAUUUUGUUGGAUCUACUUAUCAAAGCAAAUAUCACUGCCCUGCCGUUUUCUACAUUUAGAUGGCCUUCGCAAGUACGGUGACUGACCUUCCCAUAUGUUUUCCGCUGUUGCCGCUUCGUACCAGGCUUUCGAAGACUCAGUGGACACACCAGACUACGCCUAUGCAUAUAGCAAUGUGCUCGAAGGAUCGUCUGGCAAUGUCCAUGUCGAACGCGACGACCCGGCGUUUGCUGAACGCGUUGACAAUCAAGAAGACGACACGGACAACGACGACGAUACGGCAGAAGCUACGGAUGAGGAUACAGACUACGGCUUAGACGACGUCGAUGUCACCGGUGUUGCAAUGAGUGACGAGGAGGGGUGUCAGGAACGACUGCUGGAUAGGCGUAGCAAGAGAAUGGCGAAACAAGCACCAGGGAAGGCGCAACCUGCUCGCAGGAGGGCAACAAUGGAAUCCGGCGACCAGACUGCACAGCAACUCUCCACAUUCACUUUCAAGGCCUCCGUCCAGCAAUGUUCCUCCUCAACCCCUAAGACCUCCAGCACAACCAGCUCCUCCAAGACCUUCAUGGCCAAGUAGCACAGGUCGACAGAAGCUCAGCGAUCCAGGGACUUGGCACUCAAUGAAUAUCGCGUCGAAAUGGAGCUUCAGGCACAGCGUCAUAGUAACUUGGCUACGAGUACGGAAAAUAUGUACUCGCGGUACCAGCUCCAUUGGAGGACAUUUCUGGGACUUCUGCAUUCGAAAGGGAUACACGGAUCAUCUCGUAUUCUCAAAACGAUUCCAGGUUUAUAUGGCUGAGAAUUUGGCUGAGAAUUUGGCUGAGGAAACGGAUGAGGAUGAAGGUGUCUAUCUAAUACGUGUCCUAAGAAGAAAGAAGAGGAGGUUACGUCAGGUGCACAGGCGGGUCCCUUGGGCAAGACCGAUAGA